UGUGAUCUUCCGAUCUCUGAGUCUGCGCAGCAACAAUGUGUUCAGUUCAGCCUCUGAGAGAGUUUAUCAGACAGAGACUAACUGCUGCUGCUGAAGAAAUCUUCUCAGAGGUGGAAAAAACCAUCAUCCAGUACGAGGAGGAGAUCGACCGUCAGCGCAGCUGGAGACCUCGAACCAAACAGAACCAAGCAGGAGGCUGUGGGGAGAAUUCGCUUGAACGUGGAGACGCUGUAGAUGAAAUCCAUCCUCCAACACGGCACGCUGUCGCUUUCCCACCAGGCACUGCAGGACGGUCGGCUCGGUCGGACUCUGGUCUUCGCUAUGAUCAUCUCUGUGAGGAUGACAGCUGCAAUGAGCAGCAGCUCUUUACCCGCAGGGUCCAGGAGGAAUUGGGAGCUCUACAAGAAGAACUGCAACUUCCAGAGAUUAAAAAGAAGAAAAGGAAACAACCACAAGCUCCAGAGGUUAAAGAAGAACAUGAAGAACUAUCUAUCAGUCAGGACGCUGAGCAGCUGCUUCUGAAGAAGGAGACAGAAACACUAAUGGUGACCGUUGAUUAUGAGGAAACUGGCAACAGUGAACCAGAACCAAAUGGUGAACAACUUCUCCCUCAGAGAUCUCCGAAAGCUGAGAAUCAAGAGUCGGGAUCGAGCAGGUCUGAAGAGCCAGAAACAAACCGUCCAUCAAUAGAGAGUCAAUCUGACCAAAAUACAAACAAAACUUUAUUCAAAUGUGAUUUCUGUGAUAAAGAAUUUAGGUUUCAAUAUGCAAUGAGAAGGCAUCGGAAAAUCCAUACAGGGGAAAAGCCAUUCUCAUGCAAAACAUGUGGGAAGAGUUUCAUCAGAAAGUUUGCUUUACUGACCCACAUGAGGGUCCACACCGGGGAGAAGCCGUACUCAUGCACCAUCUGUGGUAAAUGUUUCCGAUGCAGCAGCGACUUGUCGAAGCACACAAACAUCCACUCCAGUGAGAAACCAUAUUCCUGUGAAACCUGUCUAAAGAGCUUCACUACGAAGCGCAGCUUGAUCCUUCACAGAAGAUGUCAUUCUGAGGAAAGGCCCUACUUCUGUCCCACAUGUCACAAAGGUUUCAGGAGAAGCGACAACCUUUCAGUCCACAUGAGAACUCACAUGGAUGAGAAGCUGUUCACGUGUGAGUUUUGUGGCAAAAGUUUUAAUCAAAACGUGCAUCUGGUGAUCCACAGGAGAACACACACAGGGGAGAGCCCGUACCCCUGCAACCAGUGUGAGAAAAGAUUUAAAAACAGAUCAGCUUUGAACAGCCACCUCAGACUGCACACUGAAAACCCACUUUAGAGCUUCAUAAUUCUAAUUAUGAUAAUUAAUAAUUAGAAUUAAUGAUUCUUAUCAUUUUCAGGAAGGAGCAGCUUUCUCCCUUGUUCAGAACAGGAGUUCUGGUGAUUGGUGCAAUUAGAUUUUCUAAAAGGAAGUUUUUUAUUAUCUUUAACUUUUUGUGUCCUUUAAGUUUUUCUGUGGAGGUGAAAAGCGAAAAUCUGCAUGAACAAACUUGUCUUUGUCUGUAUGGUGACUAGGGGAGCUAUAGGAGGGCUAUUUUCCUACCUUCUCUGCUUACUCUGCCUGCAGCUGAUGCUAAGCUAGCUAACCUGUAGCUGAAUGUUUGAACUCAAGAGUAGGCUAUUUUUGCCCUGUCCCAAUAGUCACACUCCCGACCUUGUGUCCCACUGUUGCAGAUUCCCGCUGAGGGUUUGCAGUAUCUAGGGUAUCCUGAUUCUCUAGAGCGCUCUGUUGUGAUGCCCCCUACGCCUAAUUGGUCCACACCAGAUUAAGGCACACUUCAAAACAGACUUCAGUGAAGUGUACCCACAAUUCAUUGCUGCUGACAUUUUUGAAAUAAACAGCAGAAAUGUGGGGAUUUUCACCAGCCCAGCUCCAGUGCUUGUUACAAAAAAAAUAAGUUCUUCAAAUGUAAAGAUUGAGAUUAUUGACUUUGUACUGCACUCUACAUAUGGGAAUAGCAUGGAGAUUUUGCUCUGUAUUCAACGAGUAAAAAACAAAGCAGCCACAUAUCUGGGGCCAUUGCUUUAGAAUCUAUAAAGGCUCAUAUUGUACAUGUAAAACCACGCUACCACGUUCUUAAAAUGUACACUAUAAUUGGCGUAUGUCAAAUUCACUCAUUUUCACGGUCGGAUGAGAGGACUUUCAUGCUGUACCAUUUCAACAGAUUUUCAUGCUUGUAACCUGUCUACUCUAACCCUUUAGUGCACUUCCACCAGGUUUACACUUCAGAGGAGUGUAGGGUGUAGUGUGAGUAUUGAGACAAGGACAUUGUGGCCUAAUCCCCAACCGCUUCCUAAGCACUAACCCUUAACCAGCCACCCCUCAUGGUCCCACCAAUCAUCCAGCACACAUGCUGUGCCUUCUCUUGUCCUUAUAGUGAAAAAAUAAAAUAAAACUACAGGGUUUGGGAUGACCCUCAAUCUGGUGCACCCUCUGUGGGAACACGCAAACUGAGGGUUAGUGUUUAGCGAUAAUGUUUAAGGGGGGAUUGUGAUUGGGCCUGUUUUUUUUUUUUUUUUUUUACUUAACUGUUAGAUUUAUCGGAGCCGUAAUUACGUUCCGCACACAAAAAACCUGCAGGGCAGGGUUUGACAUGCGUCAGGAUGUAUGAAAUAAAUGGUGCAUGAAAAUGUUGUUCGUCAUGCAAACUUUUAACUGACAAUAAUAAAUUAAAAACUGAUGAUGUGAUUCCAUUUGUUUGUUUUUGACUCAAGGACUCUUGUACCUGAUGCUUUUUCAUGAGUUUGAGCUUUUAUGAUUUAAACCUGAAAGAUGACACUGAUUCACAUUUAGCUUCAAAUAUUAAAUGUAACACACCAUAAUAAA